GUGGACCACAUGUGUCCCCCUUCUAGUUAAGUUCCCAGUUUCACUGUCCCCGCCGCAAAAUCACAAACCAAACCUUUUCCGGCGAAAAAGUACCGACCAGAAAAACAGAACUAGUUUCUCAUGGAAGAUGACGAGAAUACUCAUCAGCUGAGCAUAUACAGAGCCGCCAGAAGCAUAAAGCGCAGGGACAAUACCCUCUAUAACGCGCUGAGAUCCAUCUACGACGACUCUGUUUUCGUCGGCGAGAUUUUCCAGCUCUGGCCCGACCUCCCUCUCCUCGCCAACCUCCGAUGUGGCCUCUGGUACUCCCCAACGUUCCACGCCACGUGUUACUUCAAGUCCACCGACGGCCACAACAACAACUGGUCCUUCAACACCUCCCGCCUCAACCUCCACGUCGCUCAGCUCGCAGGACAGAAGGGCGGGUGUUUCAUUGUGGAUGCAACUCGGAGAGGGAAGCGGUUCCCGGACAGCAUGUCGAAGACGAUUCCGAUUUGGGCUUGUGUUUUGAACCGUUCGAUUCAUAACCAUAGGGAAAGAAUGCGGCAGAUUGCUCUUGGGGAGUCGAGUGCUUGUGAUAAACAUUCUGUUGAUACAAGACAGAUGCCUGUUGAUUGGGAUUGUUCCUUGCAUCUUCCGCUUUGGGUUUCCGGAACAGAGAGAGCUUCUAUUGAGAAGCGAUUAGAAGAAUGGACUCAACAGUUGGAUGCGAGUGGGGCUGAUAUUAGCUCUCUUGCUUCUUGUUUGAAAAAGCCUUUACGCCCUUUAUGGAUAUCACAGAAAACUGUAAUAUGGUUGAAUGAAGUUCCAGACCAUGAGUCCUGGGAUUUCACACCUAUCAUUCUUGUCUCGGCCUCAUCCCCUAGUGGUGUUGUGCAAUGCAGGACUAGUUCAGAAUUUAGCUGGAAUUAUAUACCGGGAGCUGGUGAUGAUGAAGAAAGUUGGGCAAGAGGUUUAACACCUAGUCUUUUCUGGAAUCGUGCCUAUGAUAUUAUAAAUGCAGGGCCUGAAAUGUGUAAUCAGAUGGUGGCUGAUAUAGUUGAGAAGGAUAGAGUGUCUCGUGCUCGAAGGGGACAGGAUGCUCCUCAGGUCACUGUUAAGGCCCCAAAUUUGGUACCGAGACCUGAUCAUUGUUUGAAUAAUGAUGAGUCACAGUUAGCUACGGAUAUUGCAAACAUGAAUAUCAAUCGAAAUUCGUCUGAUGAAGAUUCUGUUAUAUCUUGGCUUGGUUCGACUAACCUUGCUGUAGGCACAUCUCAAAAUGCCGGAGUAUCUAAAGUUGACUGCAUAUUAAACUGUGAUAAGGAGUCUAUCUCUGCUGAUCCUAAAGCAUAUUUACAUCUUCCGAUGCUGACAUCAAAGUUUGAUCGCUUCUCCUUGUUAAAUAAUCUCCCUUCUGCAGUGAACUUUGCAAAGUGGAACCUCAGCCAAGGGAAGACGCUUCUAAUUUGUUGUGAUAAUGGCGAAGAUAUCAGCGUAUGCGUCUGUCUGGCAAUCUUGACAGCCUUAUUUGAUGAUGAAGUUAUACGCAUAUCUUUUUCUGUGGCUUCUAACCAUGGACUAAUGCAACUUUUUAAGGGGAACCUUCGAUGGGGGAAACUUCUUCAGUGAGACAUGCAUUACUAAGUUGGAAAUGCGGAGAAGACUCAUUACUGUCUGCAAAUAUGUAGUAAAUGCUAGGCCAUCAAGAGGGAAUCUGAAGCAGGUUU